CCCGGAUGUAGAUUCGUCGGUCAACUAUUAUUUGUAAUUGUGACUAUAUGGCGAAAAUGAUGGAUGCGAUGUCGUCGUCUCACUAUCGUAAAACCUUUUUUUAGUUGCUUUCUGUAUAGUCGUUUACGCGCUCAGGAUUGAUUUCAUGGAUCAGGCGCCUAUGAUACUGAGCUAUGGUGAGAUAUGCGCGUUUGGUGCAAGAUGUGAUUUGUUUGCAGAAUGAUUAGUUAACGGUACAGUCAGUCAGUCAGUCGUACUCUUACGGGAUAUCUUAGCGACUACGACUGCCUUCAGUCAGUGCAAGUCUUUAAUUGGUUAGGUGCACGAUAGCAGGUUGGUUAAUUACCAUAUCUAGGCGAGAUUAGCUCACCCACUGGCUGAGAAAGUGAUCGGGUCGCGUGCUCCGAUCUCAGGUUACUGCCAGUUAACAACUGUUGUUCUUUUUAUUGGAUGAAUGAAUGAGUAAGAAUAGAGCUAGCCGCCACACAGUGGUGUUUUGUUGGUGCAGUGGAUGAGUAAGUCUCAAAGAUGAUGUCAGGAUUGUAGCUGUUUUCCAGGUAACGGCAGCGCAUGUAAUGCUGGCUGAUAAAAAUGCGAUGUGGACCAAGAUUAUGCUGAUCAGACCAAAGCACUGCCAUCAGUAACUGAGCAGGCAGUAGCACGACAUGAAAGCCUGUGUGUGUAGUCUCAUUAAACCUGUGAUAUGUUUUGAUGGCAGCAGUGGCAGCAGAAGGUCUCCCUCUCAUGGAUUGUUGCAGUAAGAACUCAAAUCGCACAGCCCCGGUGAGUGAGUGGGGACCCAGGCGAGCUGAUGUGCCACUCUGCUGUCGGACCAAUGGUUGGAGUUGGCCCCUGCACCCCUUACAACUGCUGGCCUGGCUGCUUUACCUGUACUUCACUGUCACUGGUUUUGGUGUGUUUGUGCCUCUGCUCCCCACACACUGGAUCCCAGCUGGAUAUAUUUGUACAGGGAUCACAUUUGUCUGUCACCUGUUAAUGCAUCUGAUGGCAGUCUCCAUUGACCCUGCAGAUUAUAAUGUCAGAGCUAAGAGUUACAGGGGACCCAUGCCGCUUUUUGACCGCACCAAACAUGCACAUGUCAUCGAGAACUGUCACUGCUACCUCUGUGAAGUGGAUGUGGGCCCAAAAUCAAAACACUGUAGUGCGUGUAAUAAGUGUGUGGCAAGCUUUGACCAUCACUGUAGAUGGCUGAAUAAUUGUGUGGGCAGCAGAAACUACUGGCUUUUUCUCAGUAGUGUGAUCUCUGCUCUGCUGGGAAUUGUUUUGGCUGUAGUUAUUGCCAGUUAUGUUUUUAUAGAGUUCUUUCUGGACCCAUCAAAACUCAGAUCGGACAAGCAUUUUCUACAGGUGAAGAAUGAGUCUGUGGUUUGGUUUGUGUUUCUGCCAGUGGCUCCAGUUACCACAGCAGGUCCAGCCAUCCCUGCUCUGGCAGGAGUCACCAUUGCUCUAGGCCUACUGUCUGCACUUUUGCUGGGCCACUUACUCUCCUUCCACAUAUACCUCAUGUGGAACAGACUUAGUACAUACGAGUAUAUUGUGCGACAGCGACAUCGGCAAGAGGCCAUAGAUUCCAGAAAGGCCCCUCCAGAGAGUGGAUCUGCCGUUUCAAAUAUGAAUCUUAUCAAGCAGCAAGUCGGUUAUACUGGAACGCUCGGCUACACCAACCCUGAGAUGGAGGUAGAGGAUCCAUCUGCCAUGAGCUCCCAAGGAGGAUCAUUGCGUUAUGGCAACGGCAGGGUCAGAGGUCUGUCCGAGCAAAUGGGUGAAGCAGAGCUCCUCCCUGCAACAGAGCACAAAGCAUCACCUCACCCUCACAAACACACGCAGAAAAAAAAGAAGAAAGUGCGCAAUCUUGCAGUCGAGAUGAGCAGUGACAGGUCCACUGACACCAGCAACACCAGAGGCAUACCAAAGACUUCUGCUGAGCAGGAUUCCUCUGUAGCUGCCGCCACUGUGUCCUCCAGUUUUGGUCAACACUUACCCUUUCCAGCAUUUCCCCUGCGGGCCUCUCCCCCUCUUGCACCUGUACAGGCCGCUGGACCCCCUGCUGAGUAUCAUUCUGACUCCGCAGAGUCUCUGGAGGAGAUCCCUGUAGCAAUGGCACGGCUUGGCAGCGCUGCCCUGGCAGGGGCUUCGACCCCCAUCUGCAAUACUUCUGCUGCUAGUUCUGCCACCCAUUCCUCUUCUCUCCAGUGUGCUUUGCCUCCCUUAGCAACUGGACAGCCUCUACCCUCCCCUCAACCCAGGACCAAGAGAAAAGCAACAGCUCGUAAAGCUUCAGAGCAGAGGAUUGAGAUGGUGUCUCAUAAUCCAUGUAUGUUUGUGAGUCGAGAGAGCAGAGAGCCUGCCCUGCCCAGAGAAGACAUUAGUGCUGAGGAAAGUCCCUAUGUGGCAAAAUGCAAACAGAUAGGUAAAAAGAGAAGCGUAGAGGAUCCUAAGCUCGGCUCCAGAGGAGAAACCCUACUGAUGUAGCGAAACACUACACCACAGAGAUGCAACCCUCCUAGUCAGGACUCAAAUGCCUUGUUAAUUUAUCAAAAAAAUUUAGUUGUUUUCACAUAAAGACUGAUGUAGCACAGAGAACCUAAUGCAACCUAUGCAAACACCACCUAAAUGUCAGCAAUGAAGCUGGAGAGCAAGUAGGAAUUAAGAGGGCCCACAGUUAUCAAGUGCCUCAGAGUGAAAACAAGGCUGUACUUUGUCAUCUGAUCUUUUGCUGGUCUAAACCACUAAUGCUGGAAGGUAUCGGUCAGUGACAUUUGGUCUCAACUCCUCCUAUUGCUGAAAGCUGCAACUAGACAUGUUUAACAGAGGUCUGAUCUCAAAUAAGAAUAAUUUAUAGAAAUAUUCCAGAGGUUGUGAGAUGUGAAAGCUGUGGAUCUUAAGCCUUGGACUUUGAUGCACAAUCCCUUAAUGAAUCUAUUGAGGAAUCCUAGCCACUAUGUACAUUACAAACUAACUUAUUUAGUCUUUCAGUAAUCCCAGUACAUUUCACUUCAGUUUUACUGCAGCAUUGCAAAAAUAUGUUUGCAAUAUGUAAUGCAAUGCAGCCGUUUUUUUAACAAUUUAUUUAUAUAUGUUAAAUGCCAAAGUGAAUUUAUGACACACAGGUUUUCUAAGAUGAAAAUCGCUUGUUGACAAAUGAUUUUCAUUUUCUUUAUUUUUCUUUACAGUAUUUGCACUUUUUGGAAUAAAGUUACCUUAUUUUUAUUAUUAUUAAUAUUAUUAUCAUCAAUCUUAUAUAUUUUUUUGUUUUUAUAAGCAUUUAUAUGUCUGGUUGUUUGAGUCAGAUCAACAUUUUUGUUUGGGUGAACUUUGUCUACACUAUGUUUUCUACAUGUUUUCUGUUAUUAUACCCUUUUGAAACUGCUAGGUGUGAGACAGUGAAAUAAUGAGUAAGAGUCAAUGUUUGUCUGAUGGGGAAGCAAUAUGAAAAUACAAAGGAUCUUUAGGUUAUUUUAAAUAAUUAUUCCAUCAAUUUCUUUUUAAGGAAUAUUCCGGGUUCAAUACAAGUUAAGCUCAAUCAACAGCAUUUGUGGCAUAAUGAUGAUUACCACAAAAAAUAAUUUCGACUUGUUCCUCUUUUUCUUUAAAAAAACAAAAACCGAGGUUCUAGUGAGGCACUUACAAUGGAAUUGAAUGGGGCCAAUUUUUAGAGGGGAAAUGUGAAGCUUACAAUUUUAUAAAAGCACUUACACUCAUUUUUCUGUUAAAACUAUUUAAGCUGUAAAAUUGUUAAAUUAUUAUUUUGACGGUCUGUUUAGGGUUUGUCGACAUUACAUUGUCAUGGCAACAAUGUUGUAAAAGUGGGUAUAAGUUUACACAUACAAGGUUACUAAGCGAUUUUUAUCACGCUAAAAUCAUGUAAACACACAUAUUGUUUAUGUCUUGUGUCUAUACUUUGAAAAAGUGAGUAUUUUAACAAGGAUUUUAACUGGACCUUUUCAUUUCCAUUGUAAGUGCCUCACUGGAACCCAGAUUUUUGAUUUUUUUAUUUUUUUUUUAAGAAAAGGAGGAACAAGUCAAUAAAUUUUUUUGGUAAACAAUAUUAUGCCACAAAUGCUGUUGUUUGAGCUUAACUUGUAUUGAAUCCGGAAUAUUCCUUUAACUACAUUUUCUGCUCAGUCAUCAAUUAAAAAGGUUUCUAUAGCUCACGUUUUUUUUUUUUUUUUUUUUUUUUAAGCAUUAUGAUAUAAAAUCUGAAGAAUGAGUGAUGUAUUUUUUUGUAAAAUGUGCCUCAAAACCAUCUUUUAAUAAAUGUUUGCACUGUGGAAGACUUCUGAAAUAUUAGGAAUUUUUAAAGGA